AUGCUGAGCCAAGCAGACUAUAAUGCCGCGGCUUACCUGCGCAUUGCGUCCCUUGCGGUGGCUGGAUUUGACUUCGUGCAGACUUCACCUGUGGUGUGGAGGUUUUAUAGAGACCAAGCAAGUUUAGGGCGUCUCACGCUUUCUGCACUUCUCUUCUUUCUCAUACAGUUCGUGAGCAUAUGCUGCUUGGUCGUUAGCAGUACGGGAUUUUUCUAUGGCCACUUCACGGAUACAACGUGUAGACUGUUCUACCUUGUACCGCCUUCAUUCAAGGGUGUGUCUUUUGUAUGGAGCCCCCGCCAUUCUAAAUUUAACGCUUGGCGUCAUGAAGUCCUCCAGGCAAUGGUGUCUCAAGCCAUCAUCGGAGUAAGGGCAUACAACCUAUCACGACGAUCAAAGAUUGUAGGAUGGACGCUCAUCGGUGCUUACGUCGUUGCAUGUGCUUUCCAGUGGAUAACAACGCUAUAUGGAAGACAAUAUGUCGUGUCUCCACAAUAUGUAAGUUAUGAAUUCCCUUCACUUGCUGCUGCACUUAUUAACUUUUGUCGAGGUGCUACCUUGUAUCUGAACGGAUUGGCAGCUUGGGUAUACUAUGUCAUAGCUAUCGCCUAUGAUCUUACUGCCACAGCAAUCUCGGUGUUCUAUCUUCUGCAACACAAGAUCUCGGCGAGAACUUCUUUGAUGUACAGGCUAGCGAACAUGAUGCUGUAUGACGGCUUGGGCUAUUUCUUGCUGCUCACAUCCGUAAACAUUGUAAACCUCAUCCUGUAUCGAAGCCAAAACCUGCAGGCCUCCGUUGUCUCACAACGGCGGCUAGACGCAUCCAUGGACCGUCGAAUGGCAAGUCUAGAGGAAGCAGUUACCAUAACACAAGAUAUCGAUUCUGCACGCGCGGCGAGUCGCGCGCUACGAUCACAGUUCGAGAAGGACACGAGAAAUACAUUCGACCUGACCGUCCCGGACUUCGACUCGUCGAUUGGGGGACACGAAUCUGAACUUCCAUCACAUGUUGAUGUACAAGUACGGAUAGAAAGGACGGUGAAGGUGGAAAUGCGGCCACGGACAUUCGAGCUGGAGAACUACUCGCGUUCGGCCCAGUUCAGGUCACAGUCGAUGCGGUAG